AUGUCGUUCUUCUAUGUGCUAUUAGUUAUCUUCUGUGCACUGAUCGCCGUGUACUACUAUUUAACAUGGCCUUACAACUACUGGAAAAAGCAAGGAUUAAAAAGUGCAGAAUCGGCUGUUCCAGGAUUCGGCAAUAUUUUGUCAAUGUUGUGUUUUCGUGAAAAUCUUAAUAUGAUAUGCAAAAGACUUUACAAGUGUUCAGAUUCAAGUAUGUUCGGCAUGUUUCUACUACGAACUCCCGUCUUGUUAGUGCGUGAUCCCGAGUUGAUCCAUACGAUCAUUGUCAAGAAAUUCUCAAAUUUUUGUAACAACGUUACCCAUUUGGAUGAGCAUCGCGAUUGGUUUCUCUCAAAAAAUCCAUUUUUCGCCGUCGACGAUACUUGGCGAGAAAGUCGUCGUAGGCUGUUAAGUGGUAUGUCCUUAAAGAAAUUGAAAAUCAUGUUCGAGACAAUGCGUCGAGUGUCGGCGAACUUCGACGAGUAUCUUGAUCGGUUAGGUCGAGCAGAAGUGGAGCUUCGAGAUCUCUGCUUCAGAUUUACCGGCGAGAUAGUGUGCAGCGCAGGAUUCGGCAUUGAGCACGAGGAAAGUUUCGUCGAGAUAGCUGAGAAACUGUUCGAACCUAACUGGACGAAUGGCAUCAGGCAAACUCUCAAUUUCUUCGUCAGAGGGUUAGCUAAGACCUUCCACGUUAGUUUCGCACCGAACGAGGUACAAGAAUACUUUGCUGAUCUGGCGAAGAAUGUUUCUAAGAGUAGAAGAAAGGAAAAAGGAAAGCUACACGAAGACUUUUUACAUAUGGCAAUGGACGAAGCUAUCGACGUGGAUGAGAGUUUCGUUUUGAGUAUCCUUAGUUCAUUUUUCGUUGAUGCAUUCGAAACUGUCGCGAGUAUCGCAAGUUUCGCAUUGUUCAGGUUGUCGCAGCACACGGAGGUACAAGAGAAAUUAAGAAAGGAGAUUCGCGAUACGUUGGAUAGACACGAAGGAUACGUGUCGUAUGAUGCUUUAAAGGAAAUGGCUUACUUGGAACAGGUAAUCAAAGAGUCAAUGAGAUUGAAUCCUAUUUUGGAAGUCUUUGCCAAAGUUUGCAAUGAAAAGACAACCCUUAUCGGAGCUGAUGGCUUGAAAUGCACAUUACGCCCAGGAAAUCUUGUUAUCAUACCAACCCAAAGCCUACAUACUGACGAAAAAUACUGGGAUAAUCCAUUCAUGUUCAAUCCUGAACGGUUUAAUCACGAUACCAGAACGGAAAUAACACAAUUUACGUAUCUACCAUUUGGUAGGGGACCGAGGAUGUGUCCAGGAUUGAGACUUGGUUAUAUUGAAGUAAAGAUUCUUAUGGUAACGAUCCUAAGAAAAUGCAGAGUAAUGUUAUCUCCCAAGACGACUAUUCCACUCGUGAUGGAUCCAAGAAGUUUUUUGCCGGUGGUGCAAGGCGGACUGUGGGCUCGACUUGAGCCAAUAUAA